AUGGACGAGAAUCCAGUUGGUAAGAGACCACUGGGAAGACCACGAUUGAGGUGGGAAGAUGUGAUAAGAAAAGACGAGGAAACACUGAAUGGAGGACGGGAUUGGAGAACAAGAGCGGUGGAUAGGGAAGGAUGGUGGACUGGAUGUGUAAUUUGGUGGUUUUGA